AUGGAUUGUGAACCAGUUGAUAAGAAACCAAUUCUAACAGCUGAUGGUCUUAUUCAGACCGCUCCAAAUCCCAAUAACCAAACAAAUAAUAAUUCGACAGCCACUGGAAGUGGAUCCAACGGCCAAACAUUGACAGCAACGCGUCUCGACAUAGAAAUAUUGCCUGCAAUUUACGACAUUAUACGCUGUGUCGAAAAGGAUCCAAAGGAUAAUACGGCCAAACAACGUGAGUCGCAGGAGUGCAGUCAUAAGAUUUUAGAAUUACAAAAACGUUUCGAAGCUGCACGGGCCCAAGUAAGGCUUUUACCCGGCAUUGAUUACAACAAAGAGGAACAACUACAGCAAUUGGAAUUGUUACGGAAUCAAUUGAAAUUGAAACAGCAAUUAAUACGCAAAUAUAAGGAUAUACAAUUUUAAG